AGAUUCAUUUUAUAUCUGUUAAUUGACAUUUUCCGAUUUUUCCUCCAUUACUUGGAAUUCAAGGUGACUAUGACAAUGAGGCUGCGUUCUUUUCUCCUCUUUAUACUCUCUGAUCAGAGGCAUGACAUUUCAUAGACCUCCCAAUUUUCAAAACCCCAAUCAUAUACCAUUCCUUUCAAUCUGUACCGAUGCACUUUGUGAUCAGAGGCAUAACAUUUCAUGGACCCCAUUUCAAAAUCCCAAUCAUAUACCGUUCCUUUCAAUCAUCAUCACUACAUACAUUUGAUGAACUCAUCAAAACAUAUACUCGUGAUCACGCUCUAAACCAGGGUAAACAUCUGCAUGCCCGCUUGAUCGUAAGCGGCUUAGCUUCUUCGAAUAAUUUUGCCUCCAAGCUCAUCUCUUUCUACACUGAAACUAGACAGUUAUCUAUUGUUCGUAAACUGUUCGACAGAAUUCCCAAACCAAACUUUUAUCAACGGACUGUCCUCAUCGGGGCCUACUCUCGACAUGGGUUUUAUCAGGAUGCUUUAGAUGUCUUCUCUGAAAUGCAAAAUGAAAGGUUAAGACCCAACAAGUUUGUUAUUCCAAGUGUUCUUAGAGCUUGUGGUCAUGUGUUUGAUUUACAAACUGGGAAGAUAUUGCACUCUGUGAUUUUGAGACAUUUGUUUGAAUCUGAUGUUGUUGUUAAUACUGCGUUAAUUGACAUGUAUUCAAGAUGCAGACAUGUUGAGAAGGCAAGAAAAGUGUUUGAUGGGAUGCAAGAAAAGGACUUGGUAGCAUUGAAUGCCAUGGUUUUAGGCUAUGCUCAAAAUGGUUUUGCAAAGGAAGGAUUUCUUUUGGUAGAACAAAUGCAAAUGUUGGAUAUCAAGCCUAAUUUAGUAACUUGGAAUACUUUAAUUUCAGGGUUUGCACAAGCAGGUGACAAAGUAAUGGUUCAAGAAUUGUUUGGAUUGAUGUCCAUGCAUGGCUUUGAGCCUGAUGUCAUUUCUUGGACUUCAGUUAUUUCAAGGUUUGUGCAAAAUUCUCACAAUGAGGCAGCUUUCGCUGCAUUUAAACAGAUGUUGCAGCAUGGGGCUUAUCCGAAUUCUGCUACUAUUAGCAGCCUCCUGCCUGCUUGUGCGUCUCUAGCAAAUGUGAGGCAUGGGAGAGAGUUACAUGGAUAUGCAUUUGCGAUUGGAGUUGAAGAGGAUAUAUAUGUAAGGAGUGCUCUUGUUGACAUGUAUUCUAAAUGUGGUCUUAUAUCUGAAGCAAGGAUGCUGUUUUCUAAGAUGCCUGAAAGACACACGGUUACUUGGAAUUCAAUGAUUUUUGGGUAUGCAAAUCAUGGCUACUGCGAUGAAGCUAUAGAGCUUUUCAAUCAGAUGGAGAAGACGGAGGCAAAGAAGAUCGAUCACUUGAGUUUCACAGCUGUUCUCACAGCCUGUAGCCAUGGUCGACUGGUUGAACUGGGACAGAGUUUGUUUCUUUUGAUGCAUGAAAAAUACAAGAUUGUUCCAAGAUUGGAGCAUUAUGCAUGCAUGAUUGAUCUUCUUGGUAGAGCAGGAAAACUGUCUGAGGCUUAUGAUAUGAUUAAGACAAUGCCAGUUGAGCCUGAUUUAUUCGUAUGGGGUGCAUUAUUGGGGGCUUGUAGGCAACAUGGGGAAAUAGAUCUUGCUGAAAUAGCUGCUAGGCAUUUGGCUGAGCUUGAGCCUAGGAAUGCUGGAAACAAUAUGCUUUUAUCAAAUUUAUAUGCUGAUGCUGGCAGUUGGGAAAAUGUUGCAAAGUUAAAGAUGGGGAAGAGAAAAAGGUUGAGAAAAUUUUCCGCGUACAGUUGCAUACAAUUGUUAUAACAGACCCCGAAAAGUGGACCAAAGUCCAUCAACACGUUUAGUGGUGAGGAGAGAGAGUAAAAGACGCACUGAUUUUGUGUGAAAUUUUAGAAAUUAUUCUCCACUUUUUUUUUUUAAAUUGUACUACUUGGGGACUUUUGUUCCUCUUUUUAUACUUAUUUUUAAAUUAUUAUUGUUUUUUUGAAUUAUUAUGCACCAGGCU